CUCUUCUUUCUAUCCCCAGAUGAAUGUUCCCUAGAUAAUGGAGGUUGCAGUCAUCAGUGUGCCAUGGCUCCUGGAAGAGGAAUUGUUUGUUCAUGCCCUGCGGGACUUCAUCUGAACUCAGACAACAAAACCUGUGAAACGGUGGAUUACUGUUCCAGACACCUCAAGUGCAGUCAAGUGUGUGAGCAGUACAAAACCACUGUCAAGUGUUCAUGCUAUCAUGGGUGGAGACUUAGUCCUGACGGAGAGAACUGCCACAGCACUGAUCCUUUUGAGGCUUUCAUUAUUUUUUCCAUCCGGCAUGAGAUCAGAAGGAUAGAUCUUCACAAACGAGACUACAGCUUGUUAGUUCCAGGUUUAAGAAACACGAUAGCUCUUGACUUUCAUUUUAACCAGAGCUUACUUUACUGGACUGAUGUAGUUGAAGACAAAAUUUACAGAGGCAAGCUUGCAGAUGCUGGAGGUGUUACUGGAAUAGAAGUUGUUGUUCAGCAUGGCUUGGCAACUCCUGAGGGUUUAGCGGUGGACUGGAUUGCAGGAAAUUUCUACUGGAUUGAUAGCAAUUUGGACCAAAUUGAAGUAGCUAAAUUGGAUGGAACAAUGAGAACAACAUUAAUUGCUGGUGCCAUGGAGCACCCAAGAGCAUUAGCAUUGGAUCCUCAACACGGAAUUCUCUUCUGGACAGACUGGGAUGCAACAUUUCCUCGCAUUGAGGCUGCCUCUAUGAGUGGUGUAGGACGGCAUGUUAUUUUUAAAGACAUGGAAAUUGGGGCAUGGCCUAAUGGACUUACUGUAGACCACCUGGAAAGCAGGAUUGUAUGGACAGAUGCCAGAUCUGAUGCUAUUUAUUCAGCCUUGUACGAUGGCACAGGUAGAAUCGAGAUUCUGCGAGGCCAUGAGUACCUUUCCCACCCUUUUGCUGUUUCCCUCUUUGGAGGCUACGUGUACUGGACAGAUUGGAGGACAAACACCCUGGCAAAAGCUAACAAGUGGACUGGGCGUAAUGUGACAGUGAUACAGAAAACCAGCGCCCAGCCUUUUGAUUUACAGAUCUACCAUCCCAGCAGACAGCCUCAAGCCUCAAAUCCAUGUGCAGCGAAUAAUGGUAAAGGCCUCUGCUCACAUUUGUGUCUGAUCAAUUACAACAGAACCGCUGCAUGUGCGUGCCCUCAUCUUAUGAAAUUGUCUUCCAACAACAAAACCUGCUUUGAAGUGAAGACAUUUCUUCUCUAUGCUAGACACUCAGAAAUCCGUGGUGUAGAUAUAGACAACCCCUAUUUUAACAUCAUAACAGCCUUCACUGUACCAGACAUUGAUGAUGUGACAGUUGUGGAUUAUGAAGCAUUGGAGGAGAGGAUUUAUUGGACUGAUGUAAAAACCCAAACAAUUAAACGAGCCUUUGUAAAUGGCACUGGGCUGGAGACAAUAAUCUCUGGAGAUAUACUUAAUGUCCGUGGGCUGGCUUUAGAUUGGAUAUCCAGGAAUAUGUACUGGUUAAGCUCGGAGUAUGAUGAAACUCAAAUAAACAUUGCUCGAUUAGAUGGCUCCUUAAAGACAACUGUCAUUCAUGGAAUUGAUAAACCAAAGUGUCUUGUGGUACAUCCUUCAAAGGGGAAGCUUUACUGGACUGAUGGGAACACAAUUAACAUGGCCAACAUGGAUGGAAGUAACAGUAAGAUUCUUCACCAGAAUCAGAAAGAUCCAGUCGGUCUGUCGAUAGACUAUGCAGCAAACAUGCUGUAUUGGAUCAGUUCAGAAAACAGAACCAUAAAUAGAUGUAACUUGGACGGUAGUAAUUUAGAGGUUAUGGAGUCCAUGAAGAAAGAAUUAACUAAAGCUACAGCUCUGGCUGUGAUGGGUGACAAACUGUGGUGGGCAGAUGAAAAUUCAGCUCAGUUUGGCACUGUAAACAAGAAAGAUGGGAGAAACCCAGUGAUAUUGCGGAAUAAAACUGCAGGGGUGGUCCACAUUAAAGUUUAUGACAAAGAUGGACAAAAAGGUAGAAACCCUUGUCAGCUGAACAAUGGCGGUUGCUCUCAACUCUGCUUGCCGACAUCUGAGAACACCAGAACCUGCUCAUGCACGGUGGGAUAUGACUUGCGAAAUGACCGCAUGUCUUGUGAAGGUAUUGGAUCCUUCCUUAUGUACUCGAUUCAUGAAGGAAUCAGAGGGAUUUCUUUGGACCCCAGCGACAGUACAGAAACUCUGAUGCCAAUAACGGGAUCAUUAUUUGCUGUAGGAGUGGAUUUUCAUGCAGAAAAUGACACAAUCUAUUGGACAGAUAUGGGUUUAAACCGAAUCAGCAGAGCGAAGCGAGAUCAAACAUGGAAAGAAGACAUCAUUACCAAUGGUAUUGGGAGAGUAGAAGGGAUUGCAGUUGACUGGAUCGCUGGUAACAUAUAUUGGACUGAUCAUGGCUUUAAUCUCAUUGAGGUUGCAAGACUCAAUGGUUCUUUCCGUUCUGUGGUCUUAGCUGAUGGGCUUGAUCAGCCUAGAGCUAUUGCUGUGCAUCCAGAGAAAGGGUACAUGUUCUGGACAGAAUGGGGCCAGACCCCUUGCAUUGGAAGAGCACGUUUAGAUGGCUCCGAGCAAGUUAUAUUUAUUAGCUCAGGUAUUGCCUGGCCUAAUGGAAUCUCAAUUGACUAUGAGGAAAAUACAUUAUACUGGUGUGAUGCACGCACAGACAAGAUAGAAAGGAUCAACCUUGAGAGUGGAGAGAGCCGAGAGAUUGUGCUGUCGGGGAGCAACGUGGACAUGUUUUCAGUGGCAGUCUUUGGGGUUUACAUCUACUGGUCUGACAGGGCACACGCCAACGGCUCCAUCAGAAGGGGCUUCAAGAGUGAUGCUACAGAUGCCUUGACCAUAAGAAGUGGCCUCGGGAUAAACCUGAAAGAUGUUAAAGUCUUUAACAGAGCCCAAGAGAAAGGUACAAAUCCUUGUGCCAAGAAUAAUGGUGGGUGUCAGCAGCUUUGCUUCUAUCUUGGAAAUGGGCGGAGGACCUGUGCUUGUGCCCAUGGCUAUCUCUCUGAGGAUGGACUUCAUUGUCAGAAUUAUGACGGCUACCUGCUAUAUUCUGAGAGAACCAUACUGAAGAGUAUUCACCUUUCAGAUGAGGCCAAUUUAAACUCUCCAAUAAAGCCUUAUGAGAACCCUGCCUAUUUUAAGAAUGUCAUAGCUCUUGCCUUUGACUAUAGCCAAAGGGUAAAAGGAACUAAUCGCAUCUUCUUCAGCGAUGUUCAUUUUGGGAAUAUCCAGGUUAUCAAUGACGACUGGACAGGGAGACGCAUCAUUGUUGAAAAUGUGGGCUCUGUUGAAGGACUGGCCUAUCACAGGGCUUGGGAUACCCUCUACUGGACCAGCUCCACCACUUCAACUAUAACAAGACAUACCAUUGACCUGACCAGACCAGGGGCAUUCAGUAGAGAGGCAGUCAUAACCAUGUCAGAGGAAGACCACCCCCAUGUUCUUGCUUUGGAUGAGUGUCAAAAUUUAAUGUUUUGGACUAAUUGGAAUGAGCAGCACCCAAGCAUCAUGAGGGCCACACUGGCAGGAAACAACGUCCAGGUCAUUGUGAGCACUGACAUCCUCACACCGAACGGGCUGACCAUAGACCACAAAGCAGAGAAGCUGUACUUCUCAGAUGGGAGCUUGGGGAAAAUUGAAAGGUGUGAAUAUGAUGGCUCACACAGAUACGUCAUUGUGAAGUCAGGACCAGGAACCUUUUUUGGUCUGGCAAUUUACGGAGACUUCAUCUUUUGGUCUGAUUGGGUAAGGCGGGCAAUUCUACGUUCAAAUAAGUACACAGGAGGUGAGAUGAAGAUACUACGAGCCGAUAUACCUCAUCAGCCAAUGGGAAUUGUAGCUGUGGCCAAUGAUACCAAUAGCUGUGAGUUGUCUCCCUGCAAGGUGAUAAAUGGAGGCUGCGAUGACCUUUGUGUUUUGACCCCUGAUGGACGGGUGAACUGCAGUUGUAGGGGAGAACGAAUACUCUUAGAUGCUAAUAGAUGUGUGUCUAAAAACUCCUCGUGCAGUAUCCACACAGAGUUUGAAUGUGCAAAUGGGGAGUGCAUUGACUACCAGUUGACGUGUGAUGGAAUAGCUCAUUGUAAAGACAAGUCAGAUGAGAAAAUGCAAUAUUGUGACAACAGGAACUGCAGGAAAGGUUUCAAGCACUGUUACAAUCAGCGCUGUGUUGCAAACAGUAGGUUUUGUGAUGGGCUGGAUGACUGUGGGGAUAAUUCAGAUGAAGUGAACUGUAAUAAUUCUACAUGCAAUUCAUCAGAAUUCCGCUGUCAGGAUGGGACCUGCAUUGCAAACUCAGCUUGGUGCAACCAGAUCAUUGACUGUACAGAUGCUUCUGAUGAAAAGAACUGCAGUAAGACUGAGUGCUUGGAAUUUUACAAACUUGGAGUUAAAGCAACAGGGUUCAUUAGCUGCAAUUCCACUUCACUCUGCAUUCUUCCAGCAUGGAUCUGCGAUGGGUCAAAUGAUUGUGGCGAUUAUGCAGACGAAACCAACUGCCAGGUUUCCCACAGCCACCAGUGUGAAGAUGGUUAUUUUGCGUGCCCCAGUGGAAAUUGUAUCUCAAGUGUUUGGUUGUGUGAUGGACAAAGAGACUGUGAAGAUGGAGCAGAUGAAUUCCACUGUGAUUCUUCCUGCUUGUGGAAUCAGUUUGCUUGCUCGAAGGACAAGUGUAUUGCUAAGCAGUGGGUCUGUGAUGGGGAGGAUGACUGUGGGAAUGGGUUUGAUGAAAGUGAAGAGCUGUGUGGAACCGUAACCUGUGCCACAGGCAUGUUUAGCUGCCCUGGUUCUCAUGCCUGUGUCCCACAACGCUGGUUGUGUGAUGGAGAGAGAGACUGCCCUAAUGGAAGUGAUGAGCUCGCUGCAGCUGGCUGUGCCCCAAACAACACUUGUGAUGAAAAUGCCUUUUUAUGUCAAAACAAAGCCUGCAUUCCAAAGCAAUUUGUAUGUGACCGUGAUAAUGACUGCGAGGAUGGAUCUGAUGAGUCUCCAGAGUGUGAAAGUUUGUGCAAUGGUUCGUUUUUCAUGUGCGCAAAUGGCAGGUGCAUUCCUGUGGCAGGUCUUUGCAAUAAAGAAGAUGACUGUGGGGAUGGCUCUGAUGAAAGGAACUGCAAUGUGAAUGAGUGUUUGAACCGGAGAAUCAGUGGCUGUUCUCAGGAAUGUCAGGAUCUUCCACUUGGAUACAAGUGUAAAUGUUGGCCAGGAUUCCAACUGAAGGAUGAUGGAAAAACAUGCGUUGACAUUGAUGAAUGUUCAUCUGGCUUCCCCUGCAGCCAGCAGUGCAUCAAUAUUUAUGGAUCAUACAAGUGCUUGUGUGAAGAAGGAUAUGAGGCACGAGCUAAUAAUCCUAAUAGCUGCAAGUCUCUCUCAGGUGAAGAGCCUUUCCUUAUACUCGCUGAUCAUCAUGAAAUUAGGAAAAUAAGUAUUGAUGGAUCCAAUUACAUUCUGCUGAAACAGGCACUCAAUAAUGUUAUUGCAAUAGACUUUGACUACAGAAAGGAGUUUGUUUAUUGGAUUGACUCCAGCAGACCAAACGGAAGAAGAAUAAAUAGAAUGCGCCUGAAUGGAAGCGAUCUAAAGAUUGUUUAUCGUACAGCUGUCCCAAGCGCACUGGCUGUUGACUGGAUUGGGAAGAAUCUCUAUUGGUGUGAUACAGAGAGAAAAAGUGUUGAGGUUUCAAAAGUCAAUGGCUUGUAUCCAACAAUCCUUGUGAGCUCUGGGCUGAAAAACCCCAAAGAUUUGGCAUUGGAUACUCAAGCUGGAUAUGUGUAUUGGAUUGACUGUUGCGAGUCUCCUCACAUUGGUCGUGUUGGUAUGGAUGGCACCUAUCAAAGCGUUGUCAUCGACACAGAAAUCUCAAGGCCCGUUGCUCUCACAAUAGACUACAUCAACCGGAGGCUCUAUUGGGCUGAUGAAAAUCAUAUUUUGUUUUCUAAUAUGGAUGGAUCUAAUAGGCAAAAAGUCCCUAAUCAAGACAUUCAAGGGGUGAUUGGGCUAACAGUUUUUGAAGACUACAUCUAUUGGACGGAUGGGAAAUCCAAGUCACUCAACCGGGCUCACAAAACCUCUGGAGCUGAAAGGAUGUCGCUACUUAACUCUUGGCAUGCAAUAACAGAUAUACAGGUGUACCACCCAUUUAGACAACCAGAUGUGCCUAAACAUCCAUGUCAAGUGAAUAAUGGGGGUUGCAGUCACCUGUGCUUGCUCUCUCCUGGUGGCAGUUACAAAUGUGCCUGCCCAACUAAUUUCUACUUGGCUGCUGAUCACAAGAUCUGUUUGUCCAACUGUACAGCAAGUCAGUUCCGAUGUGGGACUGAUGAAUGUAUUCCUUUUUGGUGGAAAUGUGAUACGGUUGAUGAUUGUGGGGAUGGAUCUGACGAACCUGUGGACUGUCCUGAAUUUAAAUGCCAACCUGGGCGAUUUCAGUGUGGAACUGGGCUCUGCGCCAUUCCUCCUUUCAUAUGCGAUGGAGAAAAUGACUGCGGGGACAAUUCUGAUGAAGCCAACUGUGAUUCUUAUGUUUGCCUGUCGGGGCAGUUUAAGUGUACAAAGAAGCAGAAGUGUAUCCCUUUAAACCUGCGGUGUAACGGUCAGGAUGACUGCGGAGAUGGAGAGGAUGAAACGGAUUGUCCUGAUAGUACCUGUUCUCCAGACCAGUUCCAGUGCAAAACCACAAAACACUGCAUAUCCAAAUUAUGGGUGUGUGAUGAGGAUCCUGAUUGUGCUGAUGGAUCAGAUGAGGCUAGCUGUGAUGAAAAAACUUGUGGACCUCAUGAAUUCCAUUGUCAGAAUAACAACUGUAUUCCAGACCACUGGAGAUGUGACAGUCAGAAUGACUGUGGAGACAACUCGGAUGAGGAGCACUGCAAGCCCAGCACCUGCAACUCUAAAGAUUUUGUCUGUGCGAAUGGGAACUGCGUAUCGGCUCGAUUUAGGUGUGAUGGAGACUACGAUUGUGUUGACAGUUCAGACGAGAAAGGUUGUGAAACUCGUUGUUCUCAAGACCAGUUUCAGUGCUUAAAUAGCCACUGUAUUUCAUUAAAAUGGUUGUGUGAUGGGCAAGAGGACUGCAAGGCUGGGGAAGAUGAGGAAAGCUGUGAUAAAGUGAUUCCUUCUUGCUCCUCCAAGGAAUAUAUCUGCUCUAGUGGGGGCUGUGUAGCAGCUAGCUUAAGAUGCAAUGGAAUUGAUGACUGUGCUGAUGGUUCAGAUGAGGUUGACUGUGUGACAGGCUGUAGAGAAGAUCAAUUUCGAUGUCAGAACAGAGCUCAUUGUAUCCCAGCUAGGUGGCGAUGUGAUGGCGUCCACGACUGUGUGGAUCACAGUGAUGAAGAAACCUGUGACCAUGAUGGAUAUAUAUGCCGUGCUGAUGAGUUUGUCUGCAACAACACUCUUUGUAAACUCCAUGUUUGGGUAUGUGAUGGUGAGGAUGACUGUGGAGACAACUCAGAUGAAGAUCCUGAAAUGUGUGCGAAGUUACCUUGUCCUCCAACAAGGCCUUAUCGGUGCAGAAAUGAUCGAGUGUGCCUGAGAUCGGAACACAUUUGCAAUGGUGUAGAUGACUGUGGAGAUGGCUCAGAUGAAGAAUGGUGUGAGAAGGUGAUAGAAAAGCAGAGACCCUGUGGAAAGUCUGAGUUUACCUGCAGUAAUAAGAGGUGCAUCCCUACUGAGCUGCAAUGUGAUCUAUUUGAUGACUGUGGAGAUGGAGGCUCAGAUGAGAGUGAUUGCAAAAAGUCUCCCAAUGAAGAUAUUUGUGAAGGAAGAAUUAAUCCAUGUGGAGAAGAUGCAGUCUGUAAUCAAACCAAAGCAGCUGCUGUUUGUCAAUGCAAGCCCGGUUUUCAGAGAAAUCAAAGGGAUAAGCAAUGCAAAGAAAUCAAUGAGUGCCUUCAGUUUGGUUCCUGCUCUCACUACUGCACAAAUACUAAAGGUUCCUUCAAGUGUGCAUGUGACAGAAAUUACAAGGAGAUCAAUGGCACCUGUAAAGCAAAAGGACCAGAAGAUCAAGUGCUCUACAUAGCUAAUGACACUGAAAUCCGAGGUUUUGUGUAUCCAUUUAACCAGAGCCAUGGACACAAACAACUAGCUCGCAUUGAGGACAAUGCCAGAAUCAUUGGGAUGGAUGUUCUGUAUCAAGGACACAAGAUUAUCUGGGGUACCCAGUUUAACCCAGGUGGAAUUUUUUACAAAGAGAUCCUUGGCAGAGGCCAAGCUCAAACAAAUAGUGGAUUAAUAUGUCCUGACUUCAGAAGACCCAGGGGUGUUUCAGCUGACUGGGUGACUGGGAAUAUCUACUGGACAGAUCAGUCCAGAAGGCACUGGUUCAGCUACUAUACAACAUAUUGGACAAGAUUAAGAUAUUCCAUUAAUGUAGGACAGCUUGGCGGAUCAAACUGUACCCGUCUUGUAACGAACAUUGCAGGAGAGCCAUACGCAAUUGCUGUUAAUCCAGUUCGAGGAAUGAUGUAUUGGACAGUAAUUGGUGACCAUUCUCAUAUAGAAGAAGCAGCCAUGGAUGGUACUAUGAGAAGAAUAUUGUUCGAAAAGAAUUUAAGAAGGCCCACAGGACUGGCAGUUGAUUAUUUCAACCAACGUCUGUAUUGGGCUGAUUCAGAGCUUUCAGUGAUUGGAAGUUUACGUUUUGAUGGAUCUGAUUCUCUGGUGGCCAUCAGCAGCAAACAUGGUAUAUUACAACCUCACCAAAUUGACAUUUUUGAGGAUUAUAUCUUUGGAGUUGGGUUGAAAAACAAUGUGUUUAAAGUACACAAGUAUGGUCACAAACCAGUGGAGUAUAUUCAUUCAGGACUUGAAAAGACCACCAGUGUUUUGGUCUCCCAUCGUUAUAAGCAGCCAGACAUAAGUAACCCUUGUCUAAAAAAGAACUGCGAGUUUCUGUGUUUACUGAACCCAAAUGGCGCAAGCUGCUCAUGCCCAGAAGGAAAAUUCUUGAUUAAUGGAACAUGUGGCGAUACAAGUAUUUCAGGUGAUCUUUGCAGACCAGCUUGUGAGAAUGGCGGGAGGUGUAUUAUCAAUGAGAAAGGUGAAAUGAGAUGUUACUGUUGGCCUAAUUUCUCUGGAGAGAAUUGUGAAAUUAACCACUGCAAAGACUACUGUCAAAAUGGUGUAAAAUGCACAGGCUCCCCUUCAGGGAAACCAACCUGUCGAUGUACACUUGGAUUCACAGGUCCAAACUGUGAAAGAAGAAUGUGUGAUAAUUUCUGUCUGAAUGGUGGCACGUGUGUUGUAAGUCAAGGGAAUCAGGCUCUGUGUCGCUGCCCAACAGACUAUACUGGGGACCGAUGCCAGUAUCAUGUCUGUCAUCACUACUGCAUGAACUCAGAGGGCUGCACAAUUUCUAAUGAUGGGCUUGUUGAGUGUGUGUGUCCUCCACGCUAUGAAGGGUCGUUAUGUGAGCUGGACAAGUGCGUGAGAUGCCUAGGAGGACUGUGCAUUAUUGACCACAACACUGGUGAUGUGGCUUGCAACUGUUCUAAUGGGAGAGUUGCAUCUAGCUGCCAGUUAUGUGACGGGUACUGUUAUAACAGUGGCACCUGUCAACUAGAUUCAGAGAAUAACAUGCCAUUUUGCCAGUGUUCAGCCAACUGGUCAGGCACACAGUGCGAGAGGCCAGCUCCCAAGAGCAGCCGCUCUGACAAUGCCAGUGGGAGAAGCAUUGCUAUCAUUGUACCACUUGUCCUUUUAGUUAUAUUGAUAACUACUGUUGUUGUUGGUGUCCUCAUCUGCAAAAGGCAGCAGCGAGGGAAAAGGGUUCAGAGACAGCCAGUGACCAACGGCGGAAUUAACGUUGAGAUUGGAAACCCUGCUUAUAACAUGUAUGAAGUGGAACAUGAUAAUCAUGAAGAUGCUGGAGACAUUUUGCGUCCAAACUUUACACUAGACCCACAUAAGGGGUGGUGUGUGAGGCCUACUGAACCUCACAGCUUGCCUGUCCACACAAUCCCUAAGGAGAUUAUCCUUGGACAGCCUAUGAAUUACGCCAACCCAAUGUAUGCAAAACUUUACCUUGAUGAACAGAACUGUCGGAAAACAUUAGCCCGCAUGGACGAACGCAAAGAGCUCCUCCCAAAGAAACUUGAGGGUACUAAUCGAGAAAGUGAGGCAUAG